AUUUUUUUUGGAGAAUCUCCAUAGACCGUUAGAAUAAGCAGAGUUUUUGGAGAAUCUCCAUAGAUAGUUAGAAGAAGCAGAUUUUUUUUUGGAGAAUCUCCAUAGACCGUUAGAAUAAGAAGAUUUUUUUUUUUUUUUGCAAACAUCCUUGGAAGCCAGCGCGGCGUUUGCAACGUUCUCUCACCUGGUGCGUGGAUCCCUUAAAACGCGUGCAUCACCUUUGCAAAAAGGGAAGGAUCGCCCUGAAUCGAAUAAAUCGGAACAUCUGCAAAAACCCUUCCCCACCAGGACGAAGAAACGGAGCCCCUCCAGAUUUAAACCUCCCGCCCCACACACACCUGACUCCGUUUAGGAUGCCGUGCAAGCUUGCGCCUUUGGGGAACUCGGAAAGCAACGCCUCCUUUCCGGCUCGGCAGCGCCUCCGCCUUCUCUCGAGAGUCAAGUUUCUGUUUCUUUUCCCUUCCAUCCGAGCGAAAGGCCCGCCAUCUCCAGCUUCGUUUCGCGGGAGGGAAGAAAUCCUCUUCGAUCCCAGAAAGAGAAGCCUGGUGCUUUCGGAUUCCUGGAGACCGAGGAGCCCCCGAAGGAUCGCGCGCAUCUCCUUAAUUCACGGCUCCUUGCAAAACCGAAGCCGCUUGGAAGGAUCCUUUGCGAGGGGAUUGGUGGGCUUGGAUCCUCCCUGCUGGUGAAGUGUGUUUUAUACUCCGAAAAAUACAGUAGGUCCAUCAGAUCUUUGUACAGUUGGUGAUAAGUCAAGGACUAGCUUCAUACAAAAAGGACUCAAUAAACAGCCUGGUGGCGCGGCAGACUAAAGCACUGUUAUUAACAUCAGCUGCCUGCAAUUACUGCAAGUUCGAAUCUCACCAGGCUCAAGGUUGACUCAGCCUUCCAUCCUUUCUAAGCUGAGCUUCUACCAUGGACAUCCAGGAGGUGGACCUCAGAGAGAUGGCUUCUGUCAUCCAGUCGAAAGUCGUUGUGGAGGUGUCCUCUCAAGUCCAGUCACUCCUGGAUUCUCUAGAAACCACCACGCUGGACAUCGCAGUGACGGGCGAAGGUGGGGCUGGCAAGUCCACCUUCAUCAAUGCCAUGUUGGGGAUCAGUGAUGACGACUUCCGUGCGGCCAAAACCGGCGUGGUUGAGACUACCGCUUCACCCACCCCUUAUCAUCACCCUCAUCUGCCCCGUGUUCGGCUUUGGGAUCUGCCAGGCAUUGGUACCCCUGCCCUCCAAGCCCGAAAAUAUCUGCAGUUGGUGAGAUUUGAGAGAUACGAUUUCUUCAUUAUCGUCACAUCCGAGCGUUUUCGAGAGAAUCACGCUGAGCUGGCUAAGGCUGUGGCUGCCAUGGGCAAACGCUUCUACUUUGUCCGUUCCAAAGUAGACCAGGAUCUGCAGGCUUCCCAACAACGAAGGCCAACCUUGUUCCAGGAAGAUCAAGUGCUGCAGCAAAUAGAGGCAGACUGUUCCCGCCAGCUGAAGAAGGAAGGUCUGGAGAACCCCAAAGUCUUUUUGAUCUCCAGCUUCCAUUUGCAUAGAUUUGAUUUCUACCGCUUGCAGGAUACUCUGGCUGAGGAGCUGGAAGGUCACAAGAGACACACCCUACUGCUUUCCUUCCCAUCCGUCACCGCCGCAGCUGUGCAGAAGAAGAAGAGUUCGCUGCGCCAGCACAUCUGGAAGACGGCGCUGCUGGCGUGUAUCAUUUCAGCCCUGCCUGGCCAUCCGUUCCACCUCAACGUCCCCGUGCUCGUCAAUACUCUCAAGAACUACCAGCAGCAUUUCGGCUUGGAUGAUGCGUCUUUGGAGACCUUGGCCGCCGCGGUCUCAAAGCCCUCUUGCGAAUUGAAAAACCAAGUGCGUUCGACCUUCGUGAGAGACCUUUCGGGGGAUGCUGUCCAGGGGUUUUUGAGGCAAGCUGCAAUCUGCGGGCAGGUGAUGGUCACGGUGCUGAAGAGCAAAGUGCCCGUUUUCAACAACUUGGUGGCAGGGGCUGUCUCGUUUGUGGCGGCCUAUUAUUUGCUGCACACAGCUCUGGAUAGCUUUGCAGAAGAUGCUCAGCGGGUCUUGGAAAGAGCGUACGGCUUGGAGACAGAGGUCCAGGGCUCCUUGAGCUAUCCUUCACCGGGCUUCAUCUGUGAAUGAAGAUGAUCAAGAGCGCCACCCAAAAUUGCUUGGAGAUGGACAAGUGUGCGUUUUCUCCCUCUCUUGUAUCAGUGUCGCUUCUUGUUUUCUCCAAUUGGUCAAACCGGCCAGGAGAACCUAGCCAGGGUUGCUGUCUGCUGCCUUAUCCUAUGAAGAGAACCCCUCUGCCCCCCCCCCCAAAGGUUAUUGAGAUAAGUCUUCAAAGGGUGACAUUACAUAAUGGGAAGAUUCUUUGCAUUUCUUUAGAUGCAGCAGAUUGGGUGAUUGGGAGGCGUUUUACUGUUUUUCAUAUAAUAAAUUGGUUCUUGGAAUCUUUUAUAUAGCAGCAAUCUUUUUGAAAUGAUAAAUGCUCUGAAAUCUC